AUGGACCCCGACAUCGAGAGUUUGUACUUAAAGUACGUCAGCCUCCUUCCAGGAGCCCAAAGUGAGAGUGAUGGGUCGGAGCGCGAGGCCCUUACGGCCAUUGACCCGGCCGGAUUCCUGAUACGGCACCCUCCAAAGCCACAUGAGCUGGAUGCCGAACUUACGGAUGAUUCUCAACUUUUCCAAACCAUCCACAUGGGUGCUGCGGUUGUAGAUGAGAAGAAGUGGAAAUUGGUGAUAGAUGGACUGGUUGAACGACCGUUCUCCGUAUCUUUCGCGCAGCUGAAAAGCAUGCCCUGUUCGACCAUAACUGCGUUCCAUGAGUGCUAUGGAAGCCCCAUAGCGCCCCCAGUCCACGCGUUGUGGAGGAUUGGGAACAUCAAAUGGACCGGGGUCCGGCUUGCGGACAUGCUCAAACUGGCCAAACCAAAGCUAGAGGCAAGAUACGUCUGGUCGCAAGGACUGGAGUCGGGUUCAUUCGCGGGUGUUUCGGCUGACCGAUAUGAAAAAGACCUCCCUUUGAAGAAGGCGCUGAGCUCCGAGGUUUUGAUUGCCUAUGAAAUGAAUGGUGAACCACUGAGCAAAAAUCGAGGUGGUCCGGUAAGAAUGGUUGUGCCUGGAUACUUUGGUACCAAUAGCACAAAGUGGCUUUGUCGGCUCUCGCUGCAAGAUCACCGCGCCAUUGGGCCGUUCACCACGACAUUUUACAAUGAGAUCGAUCCAGCUGACUCCGGUGGACAGAGAAUGAGGCCUGUGUGGAUGGUCGAGCCUAAUUCUAUGAUCGUCAGGCCAGAGCCGGAAGCAUUGUUGCAAGGACCAGAUGUUGAGAUCCGAGGGCGCGCUUGGGGUUGCGAGGAAAUCAGCCAGGUCGAUGUCAGCAUUGACGGCGGUGAAUAUUGGCUGCCUCGAUCGGAUGUUUCAUUGAGAGCACGGAGUGAAUUCGAAUGGCAGUCGUUCCGAGCUAAGGUAUCGAUACCUAAACCUGGAAAGUACAAGUUGAUUGCGAAAGCGACAGACAAGACUGGGAUCUCUCAGCCUAUGGUGGGAAGAAGAAACCACGUGCACACAGUCGAGAUUGAAGUUACUUGA